AUGCAAGCGGCCCCGACGCGCUACGUGUCCGCCAGCGAGCUGUACUCGAGGGACGAGGUGGAGCUGCUUCUCGAAGAAAUUCGCGAGCUGGAGCCGACGAGCUGUCGCGGCGAAGAGGGCGCGGACUGCGAGAUCGCGGGCAGUUAUGGCGGCGGCGGGCGCUCGCCGGCCGCCACGGACCUCACCGACCGCUCCUGGGACUCACACGCGCACUACUCGCGCGCGCCCCCACCGCGGCCGUUGCCGCUCGCGCCGCUGUACUGCCGACUGCGCUAUCUGCGCACCUCCAUGGGCGCGCUUACGCUCCUGCUUGUCAUAUGCAGUUGUGUAGUAUGCGGCUGUGUCUGGGGUGGUGUAGGGUUGCACGGCUCAAGCGUGACUCGGCCAUUGCUGCUGGGUGCUCUGACAUCAUUGCUGGCCCACGGCUUGCUUCUUGUCCUUCACAUCACAGGACUCUCGGCUCUCUUUCCUUUGGACUUUUAUAAAUGGAGUGGUUGGCUGGGAGCUUGGAGUGCAGCGUGGCUGCUGUUAGGGGCUGGCCUCGCGCUUCGCCCCAUAACAGAUAUGCGCAUCCCAUAUGCCGCUUCCGUUAUAUAUAUUGCUGCGGCGAUGGGCGCGUGCGGUGCUUGCGCGGCAGCGGGAAUGGUGAGCCUGGCGCUACGCAACGGGUGCGUGCGUGCCGGCGGCGCUGCGCCCGCAGCGGCGGCGAGUACGUGCCGGCCCCGCGCACGCUCACGCCUCUCGUCGGGUGCCGCGGCCUAUCGGGCGGUGCCCCAGCCUUCCACUUCGCGCGACGACCCCUUAUAG